CUGCUCUUUAUUUUUCUAUUUAUUAUUUUACACACAAAGCUUUAUUGUAAUGAAGUAGGCCUACUUUUGGGACUUGUGUUCUGUUCUUUUCAUAAGAAGUAUCUCCACCGAUUCCACCCAGAGCCUUCAUCGGGGUAAUAUUUGCUGUAGCCAAGAACAACUGCUUUGAAACAAUGUCAACCAAUUGGUUCUCCAACCAAAUAAGGUUGAAUUCAGAUAGAGAACAAGACUGCCCAUCGGGACAAGAAUUAAACACACUCAAGGGAAAGUCAAUGCAAAUUUAGAUAAUGUCAUUUUCUGAAUAUGUUUGCAUGUGACCUUUGUGGAGAGAGAAGAGUGAAAUGUGAAACUACACUGACCCAUUGAGAAAACAAUAUCCCCAAAACUUCCACUGGCACUCUGGAAUGGGGAAUCAUUCAAAAACACUUUCUGCAGAAAGCCUUCAUCAGGGUUUAAGUCAUGGGAGACAGACACGUAUUUAAAUAAACACCUGUGCUUAGCUGUGGUCUCAGAAAAUAUAAUUUUUUUCCAGGUCUAUUCAUUAAAUGCUUAGCUGUGGUAUCAGAAUGAAGAGUUUAUCCCAGGUCUAUUCAUUAAAUGCUUAGCUGUGAUAUCAGAAUGAAGAGUUUAUCCCAGGACUACUCUUUGUAAAUCCACCAUGAUGUAUACCCUGAUGAAGCCUCUAUGCUGAAACACUUUGGAAACAGAUAAGUUGAUAUAGUUAAAGUCAUGCCUACUUUGUAAACCAUACGUAACCAAUAAAUCCAUCAAGUCCCAUCGCUCAGUCUGUUGCUCUUUAAGGAGGUGUGGGUUACAUUUGCAAAAGACUUAGCAAAUACUGAAAGCAUAACCUUAAGUGUAAUAACUGUAAAUGUGUAUGUCUUUCUCAUUUAAUGUUUUAGCCUAAUGUGGUUUCAUGGAUAACUUUGUCAGAGACAAAUUAACUGAAUGGAACUUCAGUGAGUAUAUUGACAGAUUCAAAGAUGAAGAAAUUGACAAAGAGAGUUUCCUGCUCCUAGAUGAAAAAGCCUUUGCCAACUUGAUUCCAAAACUUGGUCCAAGGUACAAAUUUCAAGAGAAACACAAGGCGAUACAAAAGGAGUUAGAAAAUGAUGGGACAGCAACUGACAGCCAAGUUCAAACAUCCUCCACAAUGGCAUGGGCUUCCUUGGACCAGGCGGCAGCUCCCAGCAUUAGUCCACAAGGCAAAAGAAAAAAUCCUCCUACCUUCCCUUCAACCAGUACACCACCAAAGCAACCGUGUUUCUCCAAACCUACACAACCAACCUCUAAAUUCGAGAGACAAGCCAUGAAGGCAGCAGAGACGUGUGUGACACAAGUCCUUGAGAAACUAAAAACUCUUCCCAAGAAGGAAUUCAUUGACUACCUCAAGGGUAAAAUGACAAAGCUAAGGACAGGUGUUAAAAACAAAGUCUUAGUUGGAGUAUUUGGGAAGACAGGAGCUGGUAAGAGCUCUUUGAUAAAUGCCAUCUUGGGUGAGCCGAAUUGUCUGCCCAAUGGUGCAAACAUCAGCGCGUGUACCUCAGUCAUGAUUCAGGUGGAGGCCAACAUGACUAACUACAGCUACGAGGCAGAAAUUGAAUUCAUUUCAAAAAAGGAAUGGGAAGAUGAUAUAAAAUCUCAUCAGGAUGUCAUGUCUGAUGAAAAUGACAACAAAAAUGAAGAAUUAGUCAGGGUGGCAACUGCAAAAAUUCAGGCCUUUUACGGAAAAUAUGGAGUUGGGAAAAGUUUAAAAGACCUGAUGAAAGGGGAGCAUUUCCGAGAAAUUCCAGAAUUUCUAUCACCAACAAACACUGUUAAGAUGAUUUCAUGUGGCACGGCAUCAGAGCUUUCUGGAAAGAUUGCCUGUUACACAAGGAGUGAUAAUAAGAUGGAAGUAAAACACUACUGGCCACUUGUGAAGUGUGUGACAAUUAAGGUGCCCAACACCAAAGAGCUUCUGGAACACAUUGUGCUGUUGGAUCUUCCUGGAACUGGGGACUGCAACAAGACCAGAGAUAAUAUGUGGAAAUCGCAUUUAAGUCAGUGCUCGUCUGUGUGGAUCGUGAAUGACAUCCAACGGGCCGCCUCUGAAAGAGAGCCAUGGAUGAUUUUGGAAAGCAGCUUCAGUUAUCUGAUACAAGGCGGAGAAUGUGAGAAUAUCACCUUCAUCUGCACCAAGACAGAUGACAUCAACCCUAAGAACUACCUGGGAUCACCAGUUUUAAAGAACACUGAACUGCACCUCGACCUGGAAAAGAAAGGAGCAGCUGAGCGGAAACGAGGCUGCAUCCAGCACAGAAAUGAACAAGCUAAGAUAAUGUUGGGAGAGAGGUUCAACGACGAAGUUGUGAAAAAGAAACCUUUCAUUCAAAUGGAAAAGAUCUUCCAAGUGUUUACAGUGAGUGCUGAGGAAUUUCAGAAUGAUGAGAAUCCCAUUCUGGAACAAGAACAGACAGAGAUACCACAACUCAAACAAGUUCUGGAGGAUAUGAAUGAGAGACACUCAAAGACUGCAGUUAAAGACUAUAUAUCUGGAGUCUAUGGGAUCCUCUCUUUGAUCAAAGCGGCCAACUCCAACGACUCGACGAUGGUUGAGAUGAAAUCAAACAUGUACCAACUGCUAAAGGAUUCACUGGAGGAGCAGCUUUCUACCAUCACAUCCCUCAUGACAAAACAUUACAACGACCUUAAAAAACUCCUGUCAGAGGGAGUUGCCAAUUCAAAAAAAUCAUGCUUGCAGAUUGCCAAGGAGAAAGUAAUCACACCAGAGGCAAGAAAGGAUGGCAGAGGAUACCAUCGUACAUUGUCAUCUUUAUGCAGGAAUAAGGGGUUCUGUAGGUCAACAAAUGGAGACAUCACAGACCUCAACAAAACGUUGGCUGAAUCUAUGUACGCUGCCAUAAAUGAGAAAUUUGCUUUAAUUUUCCCAAAUGCUGGAACAACAGGAGAAUCAAUCUAUAAGAAGAUCUGCAACUUCAGCAUCAUCUCAGACAACAUGGCCAAGGAGUGGGAGAACACCCCCAUGUCUCUGUAUCUGAUGUUUCUCACCACCGAGGAAAAUUUUUUGAAGGAUAAACUAAAACGAGAUGUCCUCCUGAGGAAGAAAGUGAUUUAUGAAUCUCUGACUGACGAAGUCCAGAUCAUAAUGUGCCCAUGUUAUGAGGAGGCUUCAAAGAUAUCUGGAAAGGGAACCUUGAAGAAGACUCAGGAACUCCUGGUCAAGCACAUCGACUCAUCGAAAAACCCCAUGUUUGACAAUGCUCAGAAAAAGAUGUUGGAAGGUUUUGAGAACCUGAGGGAAUACAUUGAGCAGACGCUGAGAACCGAACUACUGGAGUCAUUGAAGCGGUCCCUGAAGACACCUAACAGUUUAUCUCUCCCAGAUGUCAGUGAGCAGUUGGAAAACAUGGAGACCUACAAGAUGUUGGCUCUAAGAGAGCGCACAAGCCAAAUCUGACUGUUGAGAAGAGUCAUAAAGCAGAAGUAGUGACAUGAUGGUAAACCAUUCAAAACCCUUGGCUAUAAAAAUGUAUCACAUUUUCAGUAGCUUAUUUAUCAGUAGUUGUUCGUAUCAGAAGUUUUGCCGUAGUUAUUAAUGUUAUGUUUGCUGACGUGAUGAACGUGGUAUAAGCAGGAUAAACAUUUAGGGUCUAUCAGUGCUCUGAUAAAAAUGCAGCUUUGCUGAAGAAGCACCAUGAUGCUCAGAGAACUCAUAGCUCCUAGGUUUUGAUUCCUUACACAUUUUAUGCUCAAUGUGUUGAUCCUUUACAUAUUCUAUACUCAAUGUGUUUAUCCCUGCCAUAUUCUAUACUCAAUGUGUUGAUCCCUUACAUAUUCUAUACUCAAUGUGUUGAUCCCUGACAUAUUCUAUACUCAAUGUGUUGAUCCCUUACAUAUUCUAUACUCAAUGUGUUGAUCCCUGACAUAUUCUAUACUCAAUGUGUUGAUCCCUGACAUAUUCUAUACUCAAUGUGUUGAUCCCUGACAUAUUCUAUACUCAAUGUGUUGAUCCCUGACAUAUUCUAUACUCAUUGUGUUGAUCCCUUACAUAUUCUAUACUCAAUGUGUUGAUCCCUUACAUAUUCUAUACUCAAUGUGUUGAUCCCUUACAUAUUCUAUACUCAAUGUGUUGAUCCCUGACAUAUUCUAUACUCAAUGUGUUGAUCCCUGACAUAUUCUAUACUCAUUGUGUUGAUCCCUUACAUAUUCUAUACUCAAUGUGUUGAUCCCUUACAUAUUCUAUACUCAAUGUGUUGAUCCCUGACAUAUUCUAUACUCAAUGUGUUGAUCCCUGACAUAUUCUAUACUCAAUGUGUUGAUCCCUGACAUAUUCUAUACUCAAUGUGUUGAUCCCUGACAUAUUCUAUACUCAUUGUGUUGAUCCCUUACAUAUUCUAUACUCAAUGUGUUGAUCCCUUACAUAUUCUAUACUCAAUGUGUUGAUCCCUUACAUAUUCUAUACUCAAUGUGUUGAUCCCUGACAUAUUCUAUACUCAAUGUGUUUAUCCCUGACAUAUUCUAUACUCAAUGUGUUUAUCCCUGACAUAUUCUAUACUCAAUGUGUUGAUCCCUGACAUAUUCUAUACUCAAUGUGUUGAUCCCUGACAUAUUCUAUACUCAAUGUGUUGAUCCCUGACAUAUUCUAUACUCAAUGUGUUGAUCCCUGACAUAUUUUAUACUCAAUGUGUUGAUCCCUGACAUAUUCUAUACUCAAUGUGUUGAUCCCUGACAUAUUCUAUACUCAAUGUGUUGAUCCCUGACAUAUUCUAUACUCAAUGUGUUGAUCCCUGACAUAUUCUAUACUCAAUGUAAACAAAUAAAUUGGUAUUAUUUUGUUGGGUAACUGAUCGGCACUCAGAACUCAUUAAGAGGUGGCUUCUAUCUUCAAUAUAAUCAUUCAUUCAGAAGGUUAAACACAAAAUGGUGCAGUUUGAGGCCAUGUGGUGGAGAGUGAUGUGGGCGCUGGAGAUGGGGGUGUGAGCAGAUGGGUCUGGGCACAUGUUAUGUAGUUGUCGUUUGUAUGUGUAUGUUUGGUAUUGUUUAUAAAGAUAAAAUAAAAUGACAAGCUUGCAACGCG